GAUGGUCGUCCACAUUACAUUGCAUUGGCAUCAGUUUCUGCCGUACUGUUUAGUUUGUUGCGUGCCACAAUUAAAUUCAUGUUGUGCAUUUAAAUGGAUUAAAGUGUUGAUUCAAGAAUAGAAGAUGGGUAAUACAGGAUCUAUCCAAGUUCAAGAGGUGGGCGAAUUUCGACGGUUAAAUAUGUCCAACCUACCAGAAGAUAUACAAAUACCCGAGAGCCCUGAAAACAGAGGAAAAACGGAUUCUGUUUUUCUUUAUAUAUUUAUUGGAUUUAUGGUGUUUUUAUUACCUUGUCUUUGCUACACUUUAUACUAUUCCGACAUCAGGAGAAUAAAUUUAUACGAUCAGUGUGGUAAUUUGUGUGGAUUUACCAAUAAACAUUAUGAUCUAUGGAGUUGCACUGGAAAAGACCUGAUAUCUAAACCAUAUUUGAAAUUUAAAAAUCCAAACUUGUAUAACAAAACAUUGAAUCAACUUCUAAGGGAACCCCGAGAAUGUGUGUCUGAUUGUGGGCCAGGAUUCGUGAGUAUCUUCCAUAGAUGUUUAAAAAGUAACUCUAAAAAACCCGUAAAUCUAAACGCCGGCUUAACUGAAGUUUUUAAUAAAGUUGCCAGAGAAAUGGGUCAGAUUUGGUGGAGAAUUGUGGUUGCCGUGAUUGGAAGCAUAAUAAUUUGUAUGUUAAUGUUACUUGUGUUCCGUUAUGCCGUCGCCGUAUUUGUAUGGGGGGUGUUUAUUAUUUUAUUUUCGGCAUUAGCAGGGGCGACAUGUGCAUUGUGGGUUCUUUGGUCAUCAAGAAAUGAGGAAUCUGAAAAACGGGCAGCUUUGAUAGGGGCAGGCAUAAUGACGGGUAUCACUAUAGCAGUGGCGUUAGUUUUUGCGAUUAUGUUUAAGAAAAUCAAAUUGGUUAUAAUGUUACUCAAAGAAACCGCUAAAGCAAUCUUCAGUAUGCCCAUGCUUAUACCAAUGUCCUUACUUGUUUCCGUUAUUCAAUCACUUAUUGGAAUAUUAUUUUUGACAACAACACUUUUGUUCCUUACCACUGGACAACUACAGCAAUUGAAAAUGAACUUCUUAGCUUACGUUCCCAAUGGCUUUAUGAUUGCAACAGAAUUCAUUAAUCUGGCAGCCACAAUAUGGGCAUUUAAUUUGUUGAUUGGCAUCCAAUAUAUGAUUGUUGCUGGCGCUAUAUCAAAGUGGUUUUUCACAAGAAAUAAAGAAUACUUAGAGAGGCCCAUUUCAACAAGUGUCCAUGUAGUAUUUAAGUACCACUUAGGCACUGUUGCUUUUGGCUCUUUGAUUAUUACGAUCAUAAUGUUACUACGAAUGUUAAUAAAGUCUUUGCAGUCAAAUAAAAGGAUUAAACUCAUUGCUGAUUGUCUGCUAAGUUGCAUUGAAGAUGCAAUUAAAUUUUUGUCGAAAAAUGCUUACAUUAUAACAGCUUUACACGGUGAAGGAUUUUGGAAGUCAGGAAAGAGAGCUUCCAAACUAAUAGCACAAAAUAUAAUCAAUAUCGUUGCCAUAAACUCAGUUGGUGAUUUCGUCUUGGGAAUGGCUCAGCUACUUAUUAUCCUUCUAACCUGGGCCUUUGCAUACUUAUGUUUCGCCAAGGCAGAAAUUGAAAGCAUUUUGUUUGCCUACGCUUUGGUAUUGGUGUUCUCCGGUAUUAUGGCGGGUGCCAUUUUUUCGAUUUUUGAAACUGCAGUGGACUCCAUAUUUAUAUGCUUCUGCGAAGACAUGCUGAUGAAUGAUGGAAUCUCCAAACCCUAUGCUAUGUCUAAAGGUCUAAUGGAGUUUAUUGAAAAAUCUAAGGCGGUUAUUGGAGAAAAAGAAGUACAAGUACAGUCAACUUAAAUGUAUUAAAUUCAAUUGUUUGGUGUUUUGUGUCUAAUGUUGAAUGUAUCUAUCAACUGGGUACAUACCAAUCGAAAACUAUUUGAUGCGACUGAAUUUUGAGAGAGACAUCGUGCACGACAGAGACAGUUCAAGUUUGUUUACUGUCUCUAUCAUGCAUGACGUCUUUCUCAAAAUUCAGCAGGAUCGAAGGCUUUCCAACCGGUAUAAUACCAGUGUUUUUAAUAUUUUUUAUGACAAAUGCCUGUGGGCACAAUUAUAAAGAUAACUGUAAAAAACCUGAAAAAUUAAAAAGGCUGUUUAUUUUAAAGCAUUAUAUAGAACUUUAUGUAUAUAUCAUAUGUUUUAUAAUAUAUUAAAAAUCGUAUAUUCUCAUAUAUUAAUGUUAAUAAGGACAUAUGAAUUAUUUAUUCUAUACACGUUUAUCUUUAUGAAAUUAUAUAAACAAAUAUAAUAUUGAUGUCAAUAAUAUAUAUUUAAAUGGCCUAUACAGAAUAAAAAUAUAUAUAUAUA